CAAUGUUAUGAAAUUUCUUGACCUCUAGAGCAGAGGCUCGGGAUGUGUGUUUGUAUACAGGCGAAUUUGAAGAAGAAUUUGAUAGCAACACUUUCCUAAAGUGACUAGGAAAGAAAUUCUUUCUGCGUUUGACCUUCGUUUUUAAUUUCUCUUGUUUAACUCAGCCUUGUUUCUGAGGUAGAAUAAGAUGACUAAGGGAACAGGAUUUCGGCCAAAGCUUUUUCCACCAAGGGGAAGGACAUUACAGCAUAGCCAAAAACCCUUUAUCACCUGUUUCUUGGUCUCGCUGAGCAUUGCUGUCCUGAUCCUGGUGGUUUUUGGUCUAACAGCAUAUAAUAUUUACCACAACCGUUUUGGUGUCAUCGAGAGAACAUUGCAUUCUGGAGAUAUGGUAUCCUUAAGAGAGUAUGGAAAAGAUCUGUCGCCUAUUUUUUGCUCAGGAUACACCGUGGAACUGAAGGAAAAUUCAACUGCCUUCUUGCUGCAAAGCAGGGCAGAGCUGGACAUUCAACAUUUGGAAAAUUUUACAUUUUCUCUCAUUUUCCAACCACUGAGGGAAGAUUUCAGAUACCGUAUAUAUUACCUGCUUCCCAAGUCCAGACUUUCUAUAACAGCCUGCAGGAUUGCCUUUGGAGAGAGGUCAUCACAAUAUGAUGAUGACGUAGAAAUAGGCAUCAUCAUUGGUGCUGAUAUUUUCAAGAACUGGCUACGGAAUCCCAAUUCAAAAUACUUCUACAAGAAUGUUUCUGUUCCCAUAAAUGCAACAUGUGAAAAGCCAUAUUCACCAUUGCCCCAGCUAGACAUUGUUGUGCAAUUCCCAGAUACGUACCACAUUGUUUUGCACUCAAGGCAUAGGCCCAGGUACAUCGAUAUGGAACUCGAAAGGGAUAUCAAAAUGACAGCAAAUAUCAGCCGAACCCGCUACAAUGUUAGCAGUGCCCUCAGCAUAUGCACUUCCACACAAAAGUCUUGCUAUUUCCCUCUCAGCUGGGAAGACUCCGAAGACAUUGUUGUGGAGAUAGGGGAUCGCAGUGAGCAGCAAGACACAGAGUCAACCUUCAACACAGCUUGCAAUGAACGCGUUGUUUUCUGGGUUUGUAUCUUUGGGGUGCUUCCGUUAACCCUUGUCCUGCUGUCAUCUCUUUGUUGUACCUAUGUUCUUGUGUGCAACCGCAGCUUGGAAUCAAAAUAUCAGUUGGAAUCAGCCAGUACCAGUCAAGGUUAUGGAGCUACUGAAAACUGUCGCCCACUAAGAUCAGCAGCACAGACAGAGGACGAAUAUACUUCUUCUAUUCAAAACUAGCUGUUUCAUGACGCUUAAAGACAUAGUUUAGGAUAAUAAAUCUGUGAUAGUUCAAACGUUUUUGGCAGCUGUGCUGCUGCUUUGGCAGUUUGGAUGUGUUCUGGAUGAAUCUUAAUUUCAUGAAAAUUAUAUUUUCAGGUUUUCACAUUUUCAUCAAUAUGAGUUCAUUGUACUGCUUUUGAAACAAUUUUACUUUCUUGGUCAAUGUUGCUGUAUCUGAAAGACUCUACACAUUAAUCCCAAUGAUUUAUAUUGAUCCAAGAGGGAGUUGGGAUGUAAGCUUAAAAUGUACAAAUUUGUGGGCAUUUGUUAGAAAGAAUUGACUGGAACUCUUAGGGUAAGAGGAGAGUUAAGAGGCCAAAGCAGACUUCAAAAACAACAACAACGAGCGAGGCAAAGGAGGUCAGAACCACAUGGGCCCAACUGAGGGGGGCUACCCAAAACCAGGUCCACUGGCAAAGUGUUGUUGCAGCCCAAUGCUUGAGGACUAACAAGGAAUAAACUAAACUAUAAGAAAGAAAUGGGAAAAGAGAAAUGUGUAAUUCUCCCUGGUCAUUGGUUUCCUUGGUCCUUAUCUUCUGACAUUACUGUUUUGAUAAAAUGCAUACUAUUUGAAUGUUUUUUGCUUGAAAAUGUUUGCUUAUUGUUGAUGUGUAUUCUUAAUUUCUGGAUCAUUCCCAUGAUUUAAUUGUUUUUGUUUUUAGCCUUGUUGUUGCCAACAGACUCUGGACAUUAAAUGUUCAAUCCCCAUACCCCACUGAAGACCUUCAUGCAAUAGAUUAUAGAGUUUGUCUUUACAUGAACUAUUUAUUGGUACAUAAGUUAUGUUAUAAGUUUACUCAUAGUUAUGUAGUGUUUAUCAAUAUUUACCAUUUGCUCAUGGUCCGAUAGUUUUCAGGUGUUAAGCUUAAGUGGAAGUAAAAGCUUGGUGACAAAUUUAUUCAUUUUAGAGGGAGCACUGUCAAAAUAACUUAUUGUGUAUUUUCAUUGUCUUUUAGCAGCUUUAUUUCAGAUGAAUAAUAGUUUCAUUGACUAGGAACUUCUCUGUCUUUUCCUUUUUUAAACUGUAUUUGUUGGUUAUUGUAUUUAAUAGACCAGGGAUGCACAACCUACGGCCCGCAGGCCAUAUCCGGCCCGCGAAACUUCUGCCCACAGUGCAGGAAAUCGGCAUGUUAGUAAUAAAAGAAGACCUUAAAAAAACGAAAAAAAAAAAAAA